UAAGAUGGCCGCCGGAGAUACAGCUCUCUGGCUUCAUAACAAAUUGGGUUCUACUGACGAUUUGUGGUCUGGAAAAAGUAUUUGCUCUCAAUUAUCACAAGAAAGGCUAAUAAACAUUCAAGAUUGUUUCCAUGCGUUACAAUCCCAUGUUAAAGUAAAAUUGUUAUUAUCAUUUUUACACAUUCCUCGACGAAAUGUUGAACAGUGGCAAUCUGAUUUGGAAGAAAUCAUAUCCCUGGGGAUUAAUGAUCCUGAUCCAUGGGUUGCCACCAUAGGCGAAAUUAUGAGGGAGUUCCCAUCAACCGGUGCUCUGCUCUUGGUGGAACAGGAUAACAGAUCUGACUCCAACAUGUUGGUUUGUUUGGAUGAAAUCAAACUGCUUGCUAAAAAUUCAACUGUGAGCAUGAUGCCUCUUGAGUGUCAAUACCUGAACAAGGCAGCUCUAACAGCAGCAGCCGGCCAUAUUCCAGAGGCAUCAAAACAUUUCACUGUAAAAAGAAAACCUAAGUCUGCAGCUCUGCGUGCAGAGAUAAUACAGAAAUCUUCAGAAUCUGUAUCAAACAAAAGAAACCAUGCCUCAAGCUCGGUACCAAUAAAAUCUAGAAGUUUUGCCAAAGCUAUGGAUAUUACGCCUCUAAAAAUGACACCAACACGUUCGUCUCUAUCAGGUACUGAUUUUAGAUCUCCUAAUAGUUCAUUAAGGCUGAAUUCAUCCUUGAGUCGUUCCCCCAUCACUCCAUUACCAAUAUCUGCUCGUCCGGGAUCUGCAAAAAAAGAUACUAAAAUUAAAUUGCUUGAGAUUGAAGAAAUGCCUGUUGGAGCUAAAGAAGCUAAAAGAAGAAAGAAAAUAGCAGAUAUGGCUCAAGAAGCUCAGAAAAAGGAAGCCGCUGCAGUGGCUGCAGCAAAUGCUGGUGGUGUCAGUCCUGUUGUUACAUCUCCCACAACGCCCUCUACUGUUGCAUCCUAUACACCUGACUAUGCUGCUGGACUCUUGGCCCCAGUAACGCCGAAAAUGCCAAUCACAGUUUUGAGUGUUGCACCAUCAGCCCUUUCUCAGCCAACUCCAGCAUACUUACCAAACUCAGUCAGACAGAAUGCACCAACCACAAUUGGUGAAAUUGGAACAAUAUCUUCAGUUCUACCAAUCACUAAACAGAAUCUCUCACAACAGCUUAAGCAGCAGUUACUUCAGCAGCCACAGGGUAUCCGGCAAACUGCCCCCACCCCAAUCACCAUGAUGUCUCCCAUACUCAUCGCACAGCAGCCAUCCUUCACUACCACAGUUAUAACACAGUCUAACACAGCACUUUUCACCACUGCAGCAUCUCCAGCAACUGCUUCAUUGCCAACAGCAAUCGUAAGGCCGCAACAGACUGUUCUGCUGCAGCAAGGGGCAAAGCUUGGGGUACAACCUCAGUUAGUAGCUGUGGCCCCUUCGAUCGCCCCAUCUCAACCUCAGCCAGCUGCAAAGAAAGGAUUAUCUUUGACUAAAGAACAAAUGAUAGAAGCUCAGGAAAUGUUUAAAGCAUCCAACAAAGUGUCUCGACCAGAGAAAGCUUUGAUAUUGGGCUUUAUGGCUGGCUCAAGAGAAAAUCCCUGCCCACAGCAAGGCUCAGUUUUAAAUAUAAAACUUAGUGAGAAAGAAGAAUUAGUUCAAAUGCCUGAUGGCACAGUGAAAAAGAAAGUGGAAGAUAUUUAUUUCCAAAUGAACUAUGCAACAGGAGAGUGGAAGAGAAUCCACAAGCUCCGAGAUAUGGCUGUUUCAUGACAAGGGCUUUCCCUGCUAUUACAGUGGCUGUUCAUUAUUGAUAUAUUAUUUAUCCCCUGCCAAGUCUUGAGGAUUCAACCAGAUAUCUAUGGAAAUUCAACCAAUUUUAUAAAAUAAGUUAAAAAUUGUUUCUUAGAUUUUUUUCUCAAAGGUAGUAUUUUGUAAUCUGUAAUUUAAAAAAAAACAAUAACAUUUAAGUAGCCAAAUAUUUUGUUCACUUAGUGAUGAGAAAACUAAAAUAUUUCUUGUAAAAUGUAAUUGGAGAUUAUUAUUUUUUUUUUUUGCCAAACCUGUCAAUUAUUAGAAUAAGAAUAAUGUAUAACAUAAUAUUUAUGUAUUGCUAAGUUUAUAUUAUACCUUCUGUCAUCCUUUAUGGUUCCUUGUGAACACUCAAACAUAUUUAGAGAUCAUACUGGGUAUUAUUAAACUUUGCUAACUUUUCUUUAUAGUUAUACUUUUUUGUGGUCUUGAUUUUGCUACCCAGGCUUUCAACAUGACAUCAAGGCUGUGUUGAAAUAACUGCAUAUCAAAUAAUUGUAAAAGAUGUUUGCAUUUCAGCAGACUAUCUCCUCUGUACACUCUUGCACUUUUUGAAGUAUUCAACUGAUUACAUCUUUAUUCCUUGUUUUUUUUAGUAUUUUGGCUUCUAUCAAUAAAAUAAGAAUUCCUAGACUUCUGUUCUUACAAUAAACUUGUGGCCACUAUUUCUAAAAAAAAAUAGAUUUAAGAUUAACAAUUUAUUGUUAGGAAGUAAUUUCUUGGUAUUUGUAUUAUACAGGGCUUUUUUUUGUGACGGUACGCACUGGUACAGCAUACCUGCGCCUUUUUGAAAAAAUUAUUACUUUUCUUGUAUUUUAACGUAUAUUAUUAAUUUUUAGUAGUUAAAAGUUAGGCAAUCAACUACUGAGUACCGGCACCUAUUUUUUUUUUUUUUUUUUUUUUUUUUUACAAAAAAAGCACUGUAUAUAUAUAUAAUAUAUAUUAUUCAAGGUAUUACUAAAUAGAUUCCACUGUCAAAAGUUCUAGAUACAUUUGAGAUGACGUUGGAAUUUUUUUAAAAUUAAAAUAUGGAAUAAAAAUAAUUUGGAAUGAGAUUUCAGACUUACCACAAAAAAAAAAGCUUUUGCAACAACCAAUUUUUGGUUAUACUAUAUGUUAUUGAAAAAAAUAUUUAUAUACACAUGUAAAUGUACUCUAAAGAAAGACACUUUUGUAGUUAAGGUUAGUUUGUGCACCUUGAGUGUUGGUAUGUUCACAUUAUUAUUAUUUUUGUUAAAUAAAAAAAAGUACCUAUUUGUAACUUGACUUAACCAUAUAGCACAUGUAUGGAUUUUAAAAAGAAUGAUAAAAGUAUUUUAGAUUUGUUAAAGUAUCUUUGUUGAGUACCCAUUAAGGUCAAGCUUGCACCCUUUUAUGAUCUUGACCUAAGGGAGGGAUUUUACCCAGAGGUCUUCCAUAAGCUAUAUCCUUUAAUUACAUUUAUUUUUGUGGGACAUUGCUCCUUGAGCCCACCAUUCACCCUUCCUAGUGAGACUGAGGCUGAGCUUACUAAAGAAUCCUCCAUAGUACUACAAUGUUACUGUAACACCUCUAACAGUGAGAGCGUCGUUACUGCAUCUAAUGAUCCUCAUGAGGAAUGGCAUGGCUGAUAUAGAAUGGCUUAGUGUAGCCUAUCUUUCGUCCUCUUCCACAUGUAAUGCUUGUUGACUGUAACUUGCUGUAGGAGGAAAUUUUUUGUUUCCAGUUAGUCAGUCUCCAAAACAGACAUUUCCAUGAGGGUGCCAUGCAGAGGCUGGGUAAAGUACCACCAAUUAUAAGAAUGUUUUGUACAGAUGAAAUAUUUUCUGAAUAUUAACUGCCAAACUUGUACACUAUGUUAAAUCUCUUGUGGUUCAUGCUGGACAUCAAAAUUUUGAAGGUAAACAUUUGAAAUUUUAUGAAUUGAAAUAUAAAUUGUUAAAAAGUGAGAGCAUUUCUUUGAUUUGAUUGUUUGGUUCCUGUAGCAGUGAGACAUUGUUCUAGACAACUCUCUUCCUCUAAGAUACACACCAUGCUAAACAUUUUUGAUGGAUACAUUGAUUUGUAGAUUAUUGUACAAACUAUUUCUGUAAUGUAAGUCAGCCAAAGGUUUUGUGAUAUUCAUUUUUCAUCACUUUGAUCUAACUCUUGGAAUCAUUGUCUUUGUUUCAUUUUGUACUUCAUCACUUGAGUUCAAUUGCAAGACAUACUUUUAGUUUUCAAAGUGUUUUCUAGUAAGCAUAACAAUUGAACCAGAUCUGAUUUCAUAGUCAGGCGUUAUAAUUUUUGUUUAAAACACUAGUUUAUCAUAAUAAGUCCAUUUCUUGAAUUAUUUGAAGAAAGAUGUUCAUAAGCUUAAGAAAAAGUUGUUUCUUUACAAAAUGUGCAAUCACCUUUUUUUUUUUUUUGUUGUUGUUAUUAUUGUUGAAGUUGUGAACUGUAAAAAAAAAAGUUUUUUUUAACAUUCUGAAUGUUCAGGUAACACUGUAACAGUUUUUUUUUUAAACUUAAAAACUAGACUGUGUAUGUAUAUAUAUAUAUAUAUUAUCAGCAGCAGCAAAAGUAAUUGUAUUCAAUGAAAGCCAUGUUUUGUUCCUGACACCAUUGUACAUAUGCUACUUAUCAUUGCUCAACAUUCAUUUCAAUUAGAGUCUUAAUUUCUCUUCAAGUCCAAUCAAAUUUUGUGUAAAACAUUUACAACCAAUCUUCUGCAAAAUAGAUGUUUCCUUGAGUAGUUUCAGAAGUGUUAAAAACAUUGGUUCACACAGUUGUCUGUUCUUCUUUUCCUGAGGUUUUCUCUUUCUACAUUUUUUGUGAUUGUUUGAAAAUAAAAUAAGUUGGAACACUGUAUUUGAUGAAACUUGAGACUCUUUGGGACUCUUGAUGUCUUAAUAUAGAUAAUUUCAUCUCCUAACAUUCUCCUAUGACUACAGACUAAUUGCUGUGACAACAGAUUAAUUGCUGGUUUCCUCAUGACUUGCAUCACCAUGGGCAGUGUACCAAACAAAACUUUCUAUUAGUUAUCUGAAAGAACAUAUAAUAGUGCAUUUCAAGCUAAGUUUACUUUAAUAAUUUUUCAUUUGGAAACAUUUGUCUGUUCACCCUGUACACUACUCUGAUGUCCACAUAAAGCCAAUGUAACUAACCCUAACCUUGUCUUCAUCUAAUGGCAGAUAGUCUUUCUGUUUUGUUUUUUAUGAGCCAUGGCCAGAAAAAUGUUUAUUGGAAUUAUUUACAUUUUAAAUUGUUUUCACAUAAGAUUAUUAUUCCCUUUGCAACCAAUAACUGAAUUCGCUGAAAUAAUUAUGAAGUUAAUAUUUUAAACUAAUUUCUGAAGCAUUAGCACUAAUGUAUUGUUACACAUAGUUAGAAAAUAUCUUUAGAAUUUUCUUUGGAUAUAUUUGCCAAAUAAAAACACAUAUUUUUUUGGGUUGUAAUUAUUCAUGUAAAUUAAAAAUGCUAGAUCUCCUGCCUAUUUAAACAAAUUUAUAGAGGACACAUUCAAUGAAAUGUCUAAAUGAUGAAACAAAAAUUAUUCAAAAUUUGUAACCAUAGUAGGCAUACUCUGUACAUUAUUAUAGUUAAGUUUUUGUCACAUCCAUGUAUACAUUCAGACACCUUGUCACUUGCAUGUAUACAUUCAGACACCUUAGGUCUUUGAAAUAUUGAUAUAUAGCAUUUGAAUUACUUUUUCUUAUGGGAGCAUCAAUCAUUGUCACCUUAAUAUUUCUAUCUACACUGUCAUGGAAUAAGAUGUUGAGAUGACUUCCUAGAGGAGGACAUUGAAAAACAUUUCCAAAUUGUGUUCACUAAAAAGAAACAAUCACAGCACUUUGUCUAGUCGUUCUCUGGCCUGCUGGAUCACGGUGCUGAUGCUGCAUUUUGUUCACUGUGUACCUCACCCAAGUGGAACAGUCAGCAUUAAUGAUCUAUCCCCCAAGUUACUUCAGAGGUAGAAUAUUCUAACCUUAACUUGUUGAAGACUGGAAUGUUUUUGGUUAACUGCACCAUACAUCUCUGAAGCAAGUUCAAGUGGUUGGACUGACCACAUUUACACAUUGAAGUCUAAACUAGAGGAACAUCACCUCUUCGGCCCCACCCCCAUCUUUGUUAUUUAAAUUUCUAUUUUGUCCACAUCUAGACAUGUCAUUGUACAUAGUCAUCAAAAUAUUUCAUUUCACUCUUCAGUUUAGUGCAUACAAAAAUACAUGUAUGUUGAAAUAUGUUUUUGAAAUAAAAUUGUUCAACCUUU